GGGCCCGGGGUCAGUAGGGGGCACCAUGAGGUGCCCCUGGUACCUUUUUCAUAGGCUUUUAUGAGUUUGGGCCAGGACACAGGGGCCCCAUGAUCCCCUAUUGCCCGGGGGCCCCAUGAGUUGUCAGUCCGCCCCUGUUUCCAAAUGGUCAGUCCACCCCGUGCCUGCCCAUAUGGGAGGUACAGGCAGACAGUAUACUGACAUGUGCAGCAGCCCAUAGCAACCAAUCAGAAU